CUCUGACGUGCAUGCACAUGAGUGAGCAAACGUUGUAGUCGCUUACAAUGUAAAAUGUUUACUGAAGGACCUAGUUGACAGUUCCAUAACUAAUUUGCCUAACUGUUUUGCUGCUGUAUUGUGCUGCAUUAUUGUGGAGUUUUGAGUCAGUGCUUUUCAAUUCCUGUACGCUGUGGAAAAUAAUUAAAUUGAUUGAAUGGCGACCACUCCUGAUACUGGUUUAGAAGAAGAAAACCUCCACAAUCAAAUUGACGAGAUUGAAGCACUUUCCUCUAUAUAUGGAGAUGAGUGGUGUGUCAUUGAUGAGGCUUCAAGAAUCUUUUGUAUUAAAAUCUCAGAUGACCUCGAUCAACCAAAAUGGACUCUUUGCUUGCAGGUCAUUCUGCCAUCAGAGUACCCAACAUCAGCUCCACCUAUCUAUCAGCUGAACAGAUUGAGGAUGCCGCGAGGCUGUCGGCCGUACAAGAGCUCGAAGGGGGAGAACCCUGUUGAACUCUGCGGCACCACUCUCACUGCAAAAAGGAGUGCUCCCUGGCUCAGAGGUCCAGAACGAAUGGAACUAUCUAAUAGACUUGAAGAAAGUUAUGCGCAGAAUAUUGGGGAGAGCAUUCUUUAUCUGUGGGUGGAGACAAUCCGAGAAUUCCUUGUGGAGAAAUCACAUUCUGCUGACUCAGCAGAAAGCCCUGUACUCAAGAAGACAACAGAAGAGGUGGCAGAAGAUUUAGAAGAUUAUUUUAGCCCUGGAUUUCAAUUGCCAAAAUGUCAAGACCAAAUCCAGGCUUUAGCUUUACUUGCAUCAGAAGGCUUAGAAGAUGAGGAACUCCCCCCUAUCAAGCAUGGAGAACCAAUCACGGACAGACGAAGUACCUUUCAGCCCCACCUGGCUCCAGUUGUGACACCAAAACAGGUGAAAAUGGUGCUCGAUAAAUUAUAUGAAAACAAGAAGAUUGCAAGUGCCACCCAUAACAUACAUGCUUACAGAAUAUACUGUGAGGACAAGCAGACCUUCCUACAGGAUUGUGAAGAUGAUGGAGAGACGGCAGCAGGGGGACGGCUACUCCAUCUACUCCAGAUUUUGGAUGUGCGCAAUGUAUUGGUGGUGGUGUCAAGGUGGUAUGGAGGCAUUCUGCUUGGGCCUGACCGUUUCAAGCACAUCAACAAUUGUGCCAGGAACAUACUUGUAGAAGAAAACUACAUAGAGUCAACGGAUGACCCGGCCAAAUCAGGAGGAAAGAACAAAAAGCAAAAAAGCAAGAAAGGAAAAUGAAAGAGAUCUGGUGCUGUUCUCCGUGGGCACGCUUUUCUUGAUUGAAAACUUUGCAGAAGCUGUCAUUUGCUGAUACUGUCACAGAUAGUGUAAUUUAUACAGGAGACCCUCAUGCAAGCUCAACUACUGAUUAUAAUUACAACAGGAACAUUCUAACUUCACAAAUGUCAUUUUAAAGAACUGUUCCCUACAGCUGCAAUUAAACAUUUAUUAUAUCUGAA